CCUAGGAAGGAGAUGGUACUUCCGCCAUCCUGAGCCAUGGCUGCUGCAACCCGUAAAAAAGCACUGAGAUUUUUCUCGCAGUUCGGAGCCUUUAUUCUGACUCGGUUCGGGUUCUGGAACAGUUUCAGCAUGUUGAUGCUGUUCGCGGAGCGCGCGGAUGUGAAACGGAAGCCAGACAUCCAGGUGCCUUACCUGUACAUAGACUUAGGAGCUGCGGUGUUGUGUGCCAGCUUCAUGUCCUUUGGGGUGAAGAGAAGAUGGUUCGCUCUGGCUGCUGCCGUUCACUUGGUCCUCAGCACAUAUGUGUCCUAUAUGGGUGGACAGGUCCAUUAUGGAGACUGGUUGAAGGUGAGGAUGUACUCCAGAGCGAUGGCCAUCAUCGGAGGGUUUCUGGUGCUGGCCAGUGGAGCAGGAGAGGUUUACAGACAGAAGCCUCGCACACGCUCGCUUCAGUCCACUGGACAGGUCUUCCUGGGGAUUUACUUGAUCUGCAUGGUCUACUCUCUACAGCACAGUAAGGAAGAUCGACUGGCCUAUCUGGACCAUAUCCCUGGUGGAGAGAUCACCAUCCAGCUUCUGGUGGUUGUGUUCGGUGUGCUUGCGCUCGCCUACCUCUCGGGCUGCUACGUGCGAGAAGCCUCCCAGAUCCUGGCAGUUCUGUUACCUUUGGUUGUGCUUUUCAUCGAUGGCAACAUCGGUUAUUGGCACCGUACCUGCCACGUGGAGUUCUGGAACCAGGUGAAGCUCAUCGGGCAGAACAUCGGCAUCUUCGGAGCUGUGCUUAUCCUAGCCACAGACAACUAAAGAUAUAGGGAUAUAUGACAAGAUCUCUGUACAGGCAGUGCUUAGGACAAACAGAAGGGAUCGGGCAAAUGCUCAGAAACUGUGUGUACGCUCAAAGGUGCAGAGGAUACAAUUCCCAGCUUGCUCUGGAGUCUCCGAUCGCAAGCACAAAGUCUUCAAAAGACGGUUUACAUUGCAUUUGUUUCCUUUUUAAUGCUUUAUUUAAAGUUUAAGAACGACUAGAAGUCUUAAAAAAAUUCAAUUAAAGUUGAAUGAUGAAUUAAGGAAACAUUAUUGUUAGUUUUGAUGUUCUUAAGCGGUAUAGUAAUGUGGAAUUCUUUCCAUGUUACAGAGAUUUAAAAUGCCACUACAUUUUUUUUGCUGCUUGUAUUUAGUUUGCAUUCCUUGUACAACUUCUAUUAAAUCACAAUGUCAAUAAAAAAAAUCAUUGUUUUGUACGGAA